AUGAUAAAAGUGUUCCUGUUAUUUUGCCUGUUUUCCAUUGGAUUUUCCAAAAUUAUUCUCGGAUCUCUCGCUGAUUAUAGCGAUGAAAAUGAGCAGAAUUCAUUGCAAGAAUGUAAUGAGAAGGCAUUCGCAAAUUCGAAAGAUCCAAAAACCAGUGUGAAUACGAUUGGAGAGCCAUUUACUGAAGCACAAUUAACAAAAGCGAAGGAUUAUAUCAAGGUGAGAAUCUACAUACAAUGA